GUGGAAAAGAAACAAAAGAUGAAAAGAAGCGAAUUUUGGUGUUUGAAGAGAAGAAGAAAAAAUGGCGAAGGUUUUUGGUUUGGGGAGUGAGCCAGUGGUGGGUUCACUAACUCCAUCGAAGAAGAGAGAUUACAGAGUCACCAACCGCCUCCAAGAGGGUAAACGCCCUCUAUACGCCGUCGUUUUCAACUUCAUCGAUUCUCGCUACCUCAACGUUUUUGCCACUGUUGGCGGCAAUAGGAUUACGGUUUAUCAGUGUCUUGAAGGAGGAGUUAUUGCUGUUUUGCAAUCUUAUGUUGAUGAGGAUAAGGAUGAAUCCUUUUACACAGUGAGCUGGGCAAGCAAUGUUGAUGGUGCCCCAUUUCUGGUGGCUGGAGGAAUCAAUGGCGUAAUCCGAGUCAUAGAUACUGGUUCUGAGAGGAUAUACAAGAGCUUUGUUGGGCAUGGAGACUCCAUAAACGAAAUCAGGACCCAAGCAUUGAAGUCAUCGCUUGUGAUCUCUGCAAGCAAAGAUGAAUCUGUCCGGUUAUGGAAUGUUCAUACUGGAAUAUGCAUUCUGAUAUUUGCCGGGGCUGGAGGGCAUCGUAAUGAAGUUUUGAGUGUUGACUUUCAUCCAUCAGAUAUAUACAAAAUUGCUAGCUGUGGCAUGGAUAAUACUGUAAAGAUAUGGUCAAUGAAGGAGUUCUGGACCUACGUGGAAAAGUCAUUCACAUGGACAGAUCUUCCAUCUAAGUUUCCCACAAAAUAUGUGCAGUUUCCUGUAUUCAACGCUUCAGUUCAUUCAAAUUAUGUCGACUGUAAUAGGUGGCUGGGUGAUUUUAUCCUUUCAAAGAGUGUUGACAAUGAAAUUGUCUUGUGGGAGCCUAAAGUGAAGGACCAAACUCCAGGAGAGGGUGUAGUUGACAUUCUCCAGAAAUACCCUGUUCCUGAGUGUGAUAUCUGGUUCAUCAAGUUUUCUUGUGAUUUCCAUUACAAUCAAGCUGCAAUAGGUAACAGGGAAGGGAAGAUUUUUGUUUGGGAAUUGCAGUCAAGUCCGCCGGUUCUUAUCGCAAGGUUGUCGCAUCCUCAAUCGAAAUCUCCAAUCCGGCAAACUGCCGUGUCUUUUGAUGGAAGUAUUAUUUUGAGUUGCUGUGAGGACGGCACGAUAUGGCGCUGGGACGAUGUUACAAACGUGCCACCAGCUUAGCUUAGCCUCCAUGACUGGUUUGGCCAGUCGUUGGAAAAUAAUUAUUUUAGGAACAUUGUUAUUAUUUGUAUUCUAUUUAUUUUAUUAUUGAAAUAGUUUGGUAAGUAUUGAAUGCUGUUUCAAAAAAUGCAAGAAAUGUUUCAAAUAUUAGGUUGACCAUAUGAAUCAAAUGAUAUUAA